CUCCUCUCUCCUGUAUAAGCAGGACCGGGUCUCCCUCUGGACCUUAGACCCCACCACCUGCUGUAGGGGUCCUCCUAGACCCUGCCCCUUCUUAAGCCCCGCCCGAGCCCUCCUAGGCCCCGCCCACAGCUUCUACCCCUCGCACCUCUUCUCCCCAAGGCCUCCUUCCAGCCACCGAAGCCUGGUCCUCGCAGGCUCCACCCCGGCGCCCGGGCCUAGCUCCCUAUUCGCCGUCGCGCCCGAGUUUCACCUGGCACUUAGGUGAGUCGUGCGCGGUGGCGGUGUCGGUCUGAUUCGCCCGCCUCUUCUCUCGGCGCUUUCUGCAGGCCCGGCGGCACGGAGGGGCCCCAGACCAAAGGCGGUGGGCUCCCUAGCCCGGAUCCCGCCUCGCCGCCGCAGCCUGCGUCCCCCGCCCAAGCCCGUGACGACAGCUCCGAGAUCGGCCCGGGUCGCGGCGACAUGCCGGAGCUGGUGGUGACGGCGCUGCUGGCGCCGUCGCGCCUCACUCUGAAGCUACUACGCACCUUCAUGUGGAGCCUCGUGUUCUCGGCGGCGCUGGUGGCCGCCGCCGUCUAUGGCUGCAUAGCGCUCACGCACGUGCUGUGCCGGCCCCGGCGUGGCUGCUGCGGCCGCCCCCGGCGCACCCCACCCGCCUGCUUGAGCGACCCCACGCUGGGCGAGCAUUGCUUCCUGACCCUCAGGAGCUCGGGCCUGCGCCUGCACUUUGUCUCCGCUGGACGCGGCAACGGGCCCCUCAUGCUGUUUCUGCACGGUUUCCCUGAGAACUGGUUCUCCUGGCGCUACCAGCUCCGGGAGUUCCAGAGCCGCUGCCAUGUGGUGGCUGUGGAUCUGCGGGGAUAUGGCUCUUCGGAUGCACCGAGGGAUGUGGACUGUUACACCAUCGACCUGCUGAUGGCAGACGUCCAAGAUGUCAUUCUGGGCCUGGGUUACUCCAAGUGCGUCCUCGUGGCCCAUGACUGGGGUGCGCUCCUAGCCUGGAAUUUCUCCAUCUACUACCCAUCCUUGGUCGAGCGGAUGGUAGUGGUCAGUGCUGCCCCCAUGUCGGUGUACCAAGACUACUCUAUGCACCACAUCGGCCAGUUCUUCCGUUCCAACUACAUGUUCCUGUUCCAGCUUCCCUGGCUGCCCGAGAAGUUGCUGUCCAUGUCUGACUUCCAGAUCCUGAAGACCACCCUCACCCACCACAAGAGGGGCAUCCCACACUUGACCUCCAAUGAGCUUGAGGCCUUCCUUUAUGACUUCUCACAGCCCGGUGGUCUCAUUGGGCCCCUCAACUACUACCGAAACCUCUUCAGGAACUUCCCCCUGGAGCCCCAGGAGCUGGCCACACCCACACUGCUGCUGUGGGGGGAGAAGGACCCCUACUUUGAGCAGGGGCUGGUGGGGGCCAUCAGCAGCCACUUUGUGCCAGGCCGGCUGGAGGCCCACAUCUUUCCAGGCGCAGGACACUGGAUCCCACAGAGCCACCCCAAGGAAAUGCACCAGUGCAUGUGGGCCUUCUUGCAAGACCUGCUGGACUAGUGGCCCUCGCUCACUGGCCUGCAUGCACCUGGGAGUCCAUACGACAUACAUACACAGGUGGACUCCCGGACUGCACACAGUGCAUCUGUGGGUGCCCUCAGGCACACCAACCCAUAUGCUCACACACAGGCGUGAGUGUGUGCACGUGUGAGCAAGCACUUUGAGCCCAGGCAACCAGGUACGCAUCUCCUCUGUGGAGCCAGGUGCUCAGUAUCCAACCUCUCCCUCCCUGGGGCACCACUCUUCUGGUCAAAGUCGGCCACCAGAGCUGCAUAAACCAUAAACUUUGACCUUCCUGUCCCUGGCUUCCACCUCCAGCCUGGGUCUUCAGCUAAAUGCUGCUCUGUCCAAUAUGGUACUGGUAGCUCCAUCUGGCUACUUCAAUUUAAAUGCACAUUAAUUAAAAUUAAAUACAAUUAAAAAUGCAGUUCCUCAGUCACACUAGCCAUAUUUCAAGGGCUCAAUUGCCACAUGAACAUAAAAAGUUCUAUUGGACAGUGCUGAUGAGAGUAUUCCUAGAGUAGAGGGCCCCCCUGCCUGGCACCUGACCACCUUGUCAAGGGAAGACCCUCAUGGGCAGUCAGGUGGGUGUCCAAACUCCUCUCCAGCCAGGCUCUGGGCAGCCCCCACGAUCUCCCUCCCGGUCGUGACUCCAGGCCUUGUAAGGUCAAGUUCUCCGAUCACAGCCUGGAAAAGAUCCCUGGGAUCCCUGACUCAGAUCCACUGGCAAACAGCCCCCUGCUGCUAGGAGACGUGAGACUCUGGACUCGGCACAAAAAGAGACCAGCUCCCUGAAUGGCCAUCUUGGGUCUGAGGCCUGCCUCUCCAGCCCCUGGAAUCUUCUGCUCCAAAUUCUGCUGAUUCUUGCUGGGGGUCCCGGGCUCCAGGCUCCAAAUGAAGGCAGUGCAAGUCGAGGGUGGGCCACCCAGCCCCAGGCUGGUCACAGCAUCAACUUCUAUCACCCUGGCCGUUGUCUGGCCUUUGGGGACAGUGUCAUGACCUGCAGCAUGAUGCAUCUCUCUGGGGACCCAGCAGACCUCAGAAAUACAUCCUCUUAUCUCUGGGAUGGGCCUGCCUGGCAGAAACCUUCCUGCUGGUCACCCCGCUCUGCCCUCCCUUGUCCGCAACAUAACAUCCUUCUGCUCAUCAAAUGUGUCAGGCACUGUUCUGGGCCCUGGAGAUAGCCUGUGAGCAAGAACACAGCCCCGUUCUGGUGUGAACAGAGAAGAGGCAUAGAGAGCUCUGUGUGUGACGGGGCUCAGGAAAGGCUUCCCUACCUGGGGCACACACUUCUGGGAGCAGGGAGCACUAAAUAGGAGGGUGGGGGGCAGGAAUAAGCUUAGGCGACUGGAGUAACAACGUGGAGAUUAGUGGCUGCCAGGGCAGAGCGGGGGAGGAGGCACGCGGGAGAAGAAGCCACGCCAGACCGCCAGGGGCUGCGAGGAGGAGUUUGGAUUCGAUUCUCAAGUGGAGCCAGGGGAGGGUUUUCAG